AUGCCUGGUCGUUGUGUUAACUCAACAUCGGAGGUGCUUUCAACAGUGUUGAGUCUUUUCAGUUCCGAUACUCAAAUCGAGAGUGACGAGGAACUGCAAGAUCGUAUGAACUCCAUUGUUAGUCAUAUUAUGAAGAGCUCCAAUAAUGCAAUAGUUCCAAGGUUUAACUUGGAGAAGAGAGAUGACACCGGAAAUAUUACUGCUUCUACUUCAUUUUCUGACACUUUCAGUUCUUCUUCAUCUUCCACCAUUUUGGAUCCGUCGUCUCAGACAACCUAUUCUUUUUCAUCAUCCUCCUCCUCCUUCUCUUCAUCAUCAUAUUCUUCUUGGAGUACAUCGAGUACGUUCUCCUUCGAUUCCUACUCCACAUCCCAAGCCACUGACGACUAUCUGACCUCUUCAAAUGAGUAUAGUGCACCUCCUUCUACUACAUGGUCUUCGACUGACUACUCGCCCUCUACAACAUCGUCAACACAGGCAUCUACUUCUUCCACUUUCUCCACUACGAAAACAUCUGCUUCCGUUACGAAAACCACCCCUAGCUCAACUAACUCACCUACCCCAAGUACUUUUUCUACUAGUAGUGGAUCAUACGUGGUUUUGGGCUAUACAACUGUGAUCAAUAACUCGACUAUCACCAGCAUGCACACAAUAACAGCUUCUGCCACCUCUUCACCCAAAAGUAGUGGUGGACUAUCCAAGAAGAACAAACAUAUAGUUAUUGGAUGCGUUGUUGGUAUUGGUAUUCCAUUUAUUGUCGUUGCUGCAGCUGCUCUUUUCUGGUAUCGUCGCAGAAUGCAAGACCCUACAGGAAGAAAUUACGUCGAUUCUAAUGGUCGUGAUAUUGGUAUUUCCGUCGAUGAUGGCACCUUAUUGAACAAACUCAAAUUCUGGAAAAAGAAUAAGUCUGUGGGUGAUUUCGAUAAUGACUCAUUAGAUGAGGAUUUCAGCAUAGAUCCAUCCAAUACAAGCAACAACCAGGCCGGCACAAACAGCAACAGCGGAUCAAGUGAUUCGGCUGGUAGAAGUUUUGUCGUCGAUAGACCAAAGCCUCUUCGCAAUGCUACCGAGCAGAACUUCUGA